CACAGCACGCCCCGUCCCGCCCCUAGGGCUCGUCACUUCCCGAGCGCCGCGGUUCCGUCACCUCCGGGCGGGCGCGGGGGAGCGGCAGGUGUAAUUUUGACAUGAGGAAAGGCUGAGCGAAUUGGGAGUGUUCAACCUGGAGAAGAGAAGCUCCGGGGUGACCUAAUUGUGGCCUUCUAAUACGCGAAGGGAACUUACAGAGGAAAGAGCCACUCUCCAAAAUCCACCAUGAUUUCUCUCUUUGAGCCCGAGUUGCUGAAUGUCAUCAUUGGAGUUGUGUGCGGUGUGUGCCUGGGCUGGGGCAUCCGGGGCAGACUCUGCAGGAAGCCUGGAGCUGGAAUGCCAGAGACUCCCAACAGCCUGGGGGGUGAGGCCGACAUCAUGGGAGAGUCCGGGGAGCUCAAGCUGGUGCUGAUCGUCCGCAACGACCUGAAAAUGGGCAAGGGCAAAGUAGCAGCACAGUGCUCCCACGCUGCUGUCUCUGCCUACAAGCAGGUCCACAACAGGGAUCCCGAGCUCCUGAAGCAGUGGGAAUACUGUGGACAACCUAAAGUGGUCCUCAAAGCUCCCGAUGAAGAGACUCUGGUGCAGCUCCUGGCUGAGGCGAAGCGCCUGGGGCUGACUGUGAGCUUGAUACAGGAUGCUGGGCGUACCCAGAUAGCUCCAGGCUCCAGGACAGUCCUUGGGAUCGGACCAGGACCAGCUGAUGUCAUAGAUAAAGUUUCUGGUCACCUUAAACUCUUCUAAACCAGUACCAAAAAGACCUGGAUGCAUUCAUGUAUGUCAGUACUGGUGGGAUAAAAAUCCAAGUUGGGUUUUUUUUUCCAAUGUUAAUAAAAUAAGCAAGUUUUGUAAGAUU